CAUGUACUUCGUAAAGCCCGCAGUUGGCAAAACCUCGGGUGGCCCACUUAAAAGUCGGCAUUUCAAUGUUAAGCUUCGCAAAGACAACUACAAUUGUCGAUAUUGACGUCUGAUUCGCGUAAGCCCGUCGGUUUGCAAAGCGCCGGGAUAGUUGCCUGUGACAAAAAGUCAAAUCGGCCCUACGACCUGAUCGUCGACUCUCCCAACUCGAUCCAUCUACCCACGCGAAUAAGAAAGGGAAAGAAGAUAAGAUGUCUUACUUUCGCAUAACACUUCACCGGUCUGCCAUCGGUCUACCAGAACGCACGCGCGGCGUGUUAGCAGCGCUCGGCCUGCGCAAACGCUCGCAAACCGUGUUCCAGCCAGUAUCCUCGCAGUCGGCGGGUAUGAUCCUUAAGGUCAAAGAGCUAGUCAAAGUGUCCGAGGUCGACCGCGCGCUUACGCCCAAGGAGCUGCGCGAAGAGCGAAAACCGGAGCCUGGUUUCUGGAUCGAGAAGGCCGUGCCGCGGUGAUAUUCUGGCUUGGUGCGAGGAGCGGCGGAUAUUAGGUACUUAAGACAAGGGAGGAAUAGGGUGGCAGAGAGGAGGUCAAUAUAACAGAACGUGCGAGGAUGCGGGUGUCUUUCUGGUAACAUCGGCUAGAAUCGUUACCGGUAAGAGGCAACGGUUCGGGGCAUAUUGUUAGGGGAUUCGCAAGCUCGCCUUACCUACGAACUCAGAGCUAUUCCCGUUGGCCAUCUGUGGUCGAAUAGAAAGGCUUAUGAGCAUUCAGCUUAAUACGGGAGGGCACUUAGAACUUAGGCCAUGUACAUAUAAUGUACAAUCAAUACAGUAAAACAUUCACAUUCUA